AUGCAAGGGCGGCACGGGGCGCGCACGGCGCUGCUGCUGCUCGCCUACCUGGGCUACCUGCUGCUGGGCAGCGCGGCCUUCUGGGCGCUCGAGGGCCCGGCCGAGCGCGACGCGGCGCGCCGCCUGCUGCAGGGCAAGUGGGACCUGCUGGGCAACUACACGUGCCUGCAGGGGCCCGCGCUGGAGCGCCUCAUCCAGGGUAUCAUCCAAGCCUAUAAGAGUGGUCUCACCCUCCAGGGCAACACCACCAGUCUGGGGAGAUGGGACUUCAUUGGCUCUUUCUUCUUCUCCAUCUCUGCAAUAACCACCAUUGGCUACGGGAACCUGAGCCCCACCACUGCAAUUGCUAGAAUCUUAUGCAUCGUCUUUGCCCUCUUUGGGAUCCCCUUGAACUUGGUUGUUCUAAACCGAAUUGGGCAGCUGAUGCUCUCUGGCGUUCACAGAUGUGCCAGGCAUCUGCAGGAGAAGUUCCACUGGAAGAAGGCAGCCACCCUGUUGACAAGGACCUGUGCGUUGGUUACUGGCUUGUUGCUGUUCCUUCUGCUACCGCCUUUACUGUUUUCUGCCAUAGAAGGCUGGACUUAUGAAGAAGGAUUCUACUAUUCCUUCAUCACCCUCAGUACAAUAGGCUUUGGAGAUUACGUGAUUGGGAUGAACCCAGACCGUACCUAUCCAGCCUGGUACAAGAAUGUGAUAUCUCUGUGGAUCCUCUUUGGCAUGGCUUGGCUAGCACUGGUCAUCAACAUUUGUAUCAAUGUGCUAGAGAACUCUAAUGACCUCUGCCAGUGCUGCAAGAAGAAAAGGAAAGAGGCAGAGCAGAAUUUAACAGACAGCAACAAAAGUAGUACUCUGGGGCUGGAUGAUGUGGAGAGCUGCACUACCAAGGACACAAAGACAAAAGGCCCAGACUGAACAGCACUUGUGCAGCUCCUCUAAAAGGACUUUUCCCAAGGGAUAUCUUCUUGGUGCAUCAUAUGCGUAUGUGCCAGCAGAGGUGACUGCGUAGAACAGCUGGAGUGGAAAUCCCUUGUACUUCAGUCAAACAGGAAUGGAAACUAGAGUACUGGGCCUGGAGUGCCUCUACUGUGAAUCAAGUAGUAGAGAAAUACUAUAAGCUCAGUUGCUUGCACUAUAAGGCAUUACCUCAUCCAAACCCCAAGUCCCCAUUUAGAUUUCUUUAGGCUUCACUUAAGGUCCCACCCGCAUGUAUAAGUUACAUUUGAAAUUGGUAUACGACACUGAUCCGUUGUUCUCUCUUUCACGUGCAGAAGUCUCCCAUUUCAUGCAUACCACUUCACGUAUCAUCACUGCACCCACCAGUGCCAUAGCAUAUGGGUCACCACACAGCACAUUCUUUAAAUGCCUGAUGAGGAACAUACUUUAAAAGCAAACAGCUCAUCAGUUGUCACAAGUUAUGUUCCAUGACUUUCAUGCUUGUACCUGCCAAAGGGGAUAACAUUCUUCUGCUACCAGAUCCUAAAUAUAUGGCAAUGAGGCAUAGCAUGCAGCUGGAUAUCCAGUGUGACGAGGGAAACCACCACAUCAAAGAGCUAUAUCAGUGUUAAAGAUGAACGACUCUUAUUAUGGUAAAUGGUUUAUUCAUCUACAGAAUCCUUCUGUGGUAUCAUCCACUACAGAAUUUAGUCUGGUCCCCAAAUGUCACCAGUUAAAUGCAAUGGUUCAUUAUUGUUAAACUUUCCUUUUAACAUUUUGGAAACCAGAAGUAGAAGCCAGUCGUUACGAGCCUGGUCAUGGCCCAGUGAUUACAAAGCUUACAUUUGAUCCAGCAAUUGAUGAGUUUGCUGCUGAUUUUGCUUAAUGGGAAUAUAAAGAAAAAAAAAUUCUUGUGAUAUUCUCAUGGCACAGAGAUGACAGUGAUCUUUCUGCUCCUUUUUAUCUUGCUGGCAUAAGCAGCAGCACGUCCUGCUGUAUGUAAUGCUGAAUCUGCUCCCGAACAAUGGCAUUUUCAAUUAAUAUAAUUCCUUAGAAGUCUUUUGCACUCUGAGCUGUUUAAAAAAGGCCCAUAGCUUGUAGUUCCUCAUAUAAUUAGUAUCAGCGUGCCCAUUCUUGAUCCUCACAAGUGGCGUUUCCCAUGUUGGCAGCAUCCUGGAUUGGGGAUUUUGAGAAUCUGACUCUCACUUCACGUAUAGACCAGUUCUAAACUUUCGGAAGAACCACCUAGUGUCUGCAGGGGAUCUAGGUUCCACAAGAACAAAGGAAAGAAGAGGGGCAAAACGGGGGUGGGAUUUGGGGGUGGGGAUAGGAGUCAUUACUUAGAAAUACUGAUAGCUGAGUGCAUGGCAAUUCAGAGGACUGUUCACAGUUUCCCAGGAUCAAAGACUGUAGAAUGUGUGUUAGGAUUUUACAGUUUACAGUGGGAGAGGUGGAGGUGCUUUCAUGUGUUGUCAUCAGUGACAUAAGGAGGUUCAGGAAAGGAAUCUUUCACGCUGAAGCUAGAUUGCUUGGCAGAAGGGUAUUAUCAAGACAUACCUUUGGUGUAGUGCUCUUUGAAAUGCUUUUUCAGUAGGCAGGAGCAUCAAGGCAAGCGUUAGGAAGUGAUUGAAAAUGUUAAUGUAUAACUGGAACUGUGGUAUGGAAUAGGUGGGCUCAAGUUCACUGGGCACUGAGUCAUUCUGUAGUGGCUUUUAAAACUGUCUGACCUCUCUGUUUUUCAUGUAUUUUAGUAUUGCGUUUUUCACUGAUCCUCACACUUUAGGUUUUUAUUGCUGUUUAUAGUGGGCUGGUCUAGAAUUACAUUACAAGGGUGCUGUCUGCCCUUAAGUAAUAUGGUCAGAGCCAGGAUGAUAAUUUACUUCACUAGCAGGUCUACUUUCCCUUCUUCCAAGUGCGAAACUCCCUAAGCACAUGACUUCACUAUGUAAAACAAGAUGAGAGAAAGUAGAGAACACCUUUUGGAGAAGGCUAAAAACCACGUCACAAGCUCUUUCUCGACUCUAAUUUGAAAUAUCACAGGCUCUGAUGUUCCACCGUUCCUCUGCUUAGCAGCCUAAAGGAGCUCCAUCUGAAGGAGAUUUUCUUGCUCUUCAUUUUAAAUAUCGCUUUAAACAUUUUUAUCCUGUUAUUUCUAGCUGUGCUCCCUCACAGAACUUUUUAUUUCUUCAAAUAUUUGUAGCUACUAGGUAAGAUUUUAAAAAGCUUUUAAAAGUGUUAGGCAUCCAACUCCCAUUGAAUUUCAAUAGGAGUCAGGUGCCUUGCUUCUUUAGGCACUUUCAGAAAUCCCACCUUGUGAUCAUAACAUCCCCAAUGGGCAGCCAUCACACUUAACAUGUAUUCACUCUUUCUAGUAACGAGGUGCCCAGAAGUGAUCUUCUGGAUUACUAAUACAUACAUGGCCAAACACCAUCUAUCUGUCUGUGUUCUUUUAUAACUCCCCACAUCAACACUGUAUCUGAGAACUUCCCAGUAGCAUCCCACUCCACCUCCUUCCCAACUCAGUACGCUGUCCGUUAUUAUUAGAGGCAAGCCAGCUUUCAAUGCAUAUGAUGUAUAUUAUCAUACUUGAGAGUCCCUCACAAAAUGCCGUGUCUUUGGCCUUUGCAGCCUUCUCUCUGAAACUAUGCUGUGGUCAAAUGAUAUGGAUGGAUUUGUUCCCAGAGAGGAGAGAAGAAGGGGAAGUUUUGCAACAUAGUGAAAAAUAUCAUCAGUGUGUCUAAAAAAUAGACUGCUCUACUAAAAUAUGAAAGGUUAUCUGCUCAAGGGUAAAAUAAAGAAAACAAACCACUGUGCUGUUAUCAUUCUUGUCACAGCUGACUCGGGGUCUUCCAUAAUCUACAUUGGAAAAUUACAGAUGUUCUCUGCUUUUUAUUUUUUAACGCCUCCAAAAGGUCCUGAAUUCUCCGUGGCUGAAUUCUUGAGCUAGUCUCUUUCCAAAUAACUGUGAAGUUUCCAUUAGUGAUUUUAACCUUGUCUUUCGUAAGUGUAUUCUUCUCUGUUCCCCUGGGUUUUUGGUUUGGGGUUUUUUUCUGUUUGUUCUGGGGGGAACAGGCCAUAUUAUUGCUGUCAUUAUUCAGUAUUUAUAUUAUCUCAGUGCCCAGAAGCCUUGUCAUGGAGCCACAGAGGAAGUUUGCCUCCAAUCUUUUUACAGUCUUCCAGGGACUGCAUCUUUUUCCGUGGUAAGCCCUAGAUUUCCUCUUCUGCACAGGGGAGUCCCAAAGACUCCCCUACUCCGCAACUGAACCGGGCUUCAGUUUCUUCUGUUACCUUAGCUCCUUCAACAAGUCCAAAAGGACUUUAACUCCUGAUAGAGACUCUACCUCUUUAACAGCUAUGCAGUUGCAGAAGUUUGCAGCAACACAAGGCAGCCUUCUCCAAACAAGGCAGUUAAUAUUAAUCCACCUUCCUCCAUAUUUUCCCCAUACUCUUUGUUUCUACAUUCAGCAGAGCUAUCCUGGAAUAGAAAAUUGAGCCCAUUAACUCUGCCCACUGGAAUUUACAACUAAGAAGUGAACCCUAGAAGGGGUUGAGGGCCUUCAGCUUCCUAAACCCCUAAAUUAAAACAAGAGCAUCUGAAAAAUUGUAGGCGGAGAAAGGAAGGAUUGAGAAAAAGACAUCCCUCAUAAUCCCCUAAGGAAGAGUAUUUCUGUGGACAGAGGGGGCUGGGAACAGCUCUUUAUUGCUUAAUUGCUCUUCUUGGAUCUUGGUUAGCAUUGCAUAUUUCUGCUGGUAAAUAUUUUUAAACGUACUGUCUUUAAUUUUUUUUUUUACACAUUCUAUGUUUGGUCAGAGCUCAUGGACAAAGUUGAAACAAUAAUGUAUCUGAGGAGGGACAUGAAAGACUUCACACAGAAAUUUGUGUGAAGACAGGCAGUGAAAAAUGCUAACGCACAAGACCAGGGAUAUGGUAUGAAGCCCUAGGGGCCUUGCUGAAGCAGGCACACAGAUGAGUAUUGAAGGAGGGGGCAUAUGAGGUUGAGGGGGUUGGGAAAAUACUGGAUGGACUAAGUGGGUGCCGAGCUGUGCAGCACUUGACCAUAUGACUGCCAUGAAUAAGUACAGAUAAUGUACAGAAUUUUGAAUGUGAUUAUAAUUAAGAGGCAUAUCCUAGUUUUGGAUAACUGAUGUUCAGAAAAUAAGAGCUAUACUGUACUUGGUUUUAAACUAUAUGUGUGAUCUUCAGAUUCUUUUUUAAAGAAAACUUUGGGGUCUGAAACCAUGGCUUUAAACUGCUUCAGUUUUUCUCUGGUUAAAUCAUGUUCUCAAGUGCCUCUUUUGGAUCCUCCCAUUUAGAACGUUUUCCCAAUGUUUCCCAAUGUGAAGGAAUCUUGCAGACACAACGGAUAAGCACGAUGCCUUCCAAACACAAGUUUAAAUCAGUAUGCUGUGGGUUAGGAUGUUAAAAUGCUAACAGAUUCCAUGAGGUAUAAGCCCAGUCAGAAAGUAAUUGUGCAAGGCAAAUAAGACGGAAAGCAAGCACAUUGUAUGAGGACUAUUUUAGACAGUUCCUGGCAGCUUGGUUUUUAUUUGCUCCCUGUCAACAGACCAUAAUUAGGAGUUGAAUUGGGUUUGGGCUUCAAAAUAAGGAAGAACUGCUCCAAGCUAAGCAGUGAAUAUCAGUCAGGCUCUUAAAGGAAUGUAAUAUGUCUGGAUGUACCCCAAAUGGUGUGCCAUAUUACAUCUCACUUACUAAGCAGGAUCAGGCCUGGACAGCGUCUGGAUGGGAGAUCUGAAGUCUCUAACAUCCUGUAUUUGCUACCCCCCAAAAGGUUAAAAAAUAAUGAUGCACAAAUCAUAAGGCAUUCUUUUUAAAAUGAGAUGGUAGGUUGUAUUUUUGAUCUGUGUCUUAAUUUUUCUGAUUUUUCUCCUUGCAAGCGUGUGUCCUAUUGUCACCAACUCUGUCAGAUGUAGUCAUGUGGUUCUGGCUCCUGUAGUCGCCUCUCCCCACUGCCUACCAGUUAAUUCAGCUGCCAUAUCUGCCCAGAUUACGUGUGCUGAUUUUGCCCACAUGAGUUCUUCCCCUUUGCCUCACCUCCUGUAGCUCCAGGAGCUUCUUUCUCAGGCUUGGCAUUGCAUGGAAGGACAAGACUGGGGAAGGAAGAGCAGAGAGAAAAGAGUCCCUUCACCCACAGGGAGGGAGGAAGAUAGAGAAGAGCUGCCCUGGGCAUGAUGGAAUCAUUCACGCUGUAGACCAGCAGUGAGGGCACUUACCUGGAAUGUGGGAGCGUCGGAAUCGAGGCCUGUUCUGAUGAGUGGAUAUACAAAGCAGAGCAUCUCCCCCAGGGAAGUCUCAGCCCAGAACACCCCAUAGUUUGGUAUUUCGUAAUUAAUCUGCUACAAAGUAGGAAGAGCAGGGGUUUGAACUGAGGUCACCCACAUCCCAAAUGAGUUCCCAGACCACCAGGACAGAUGCACAUGUCACAAGUCAGAAAACUAGGCGCCUGUAGCAUUAGGGGGUAGCAAAGUGGUGGUUUUGAGAAUGCCAGUGGCUCUUAAAUACUGGGCUUAAGGCACCUACAGAAGAAUUAAAAGUGAAGGAUCCAGGACACUCUAAUCAUGACAUGCAAUUGUUGCCAAAGUUCAGUGAACUAAAUUCAUUUUUGGUGCAACUCCACUGAGUUCUCUGCAGUUAAGUAGACAAGAAUCUGGCUAGUCAUAGUGGAGACAGCUGCCAGCAUUCAGUUCAAACAACUGUUCUGGCCCAGCAGACCUCAUGAAUCAAAUGAAAUGCAGCAUGCAGUGAAGUUGUGCACUAUCGAGGUGGCGAAGCAAGAUUCUCUACCCAACCUCUUCUAUACUGCAUGCUCAUUAGUUAAAAGGGGAGCUGUCAGAGGCCACCAAUGAGACUUGAGUCCCAUAACCUUGCCCUCUCUUAUCAAAUUUCUCAGUGAAGCCAGCUGAUUAAAGAAGAGUCUGAGGUGACUGACCUUACAUCUGGUUGCAGAGGUGCGCAGCACUGAGUGACAUGGUGCUUAAGUGUGACUGAUGGACACACCUGCUGGCUUUAAAGUCUGUAUCCAGACAGCCACUCAUUAGCAGGCAGAAGAUUUAUGUUUUUGUUUAGAUCUCACUUGAAAACUGGUUGGUUUGCUGCAGGGUUCUGGGAUGUAUCAUGAGCGAAAAGUAUUUCUCACUAGGGAACAUGCUGGAUAUUAUUUGAAAUUACACACAGGCAUGUGCGCGCGAGUGUGCGUGCGCGCACACACGCGCACACACACACAGUUGCAUAUAAUAAACCAGUAACAGAAUUACACACCACUUCAAAUGUGAUCCAUAUUUUUAUGAGGGGAACAGUGAAGUUCAGUGGAUGGAAGACAGGAUCACAUGCUAGGAAACCCUGGGUUUUAAUUCCAGCUCCAUCACUGACUCAGAACUGCCUGUCCUAGAUUGGGUUUCCCAGUAUUUGUACCAUCAAACUCUUGUAGUGGAUAUACAUAUAUAUGUAUGCCACUUGCACCAGUUUCCCAGUGAGAAUAAGGUACACCAGAAAAAGACUUGUGUAGCUGUGUGUUUAAAUAAAGGCAUUAAAUGGCAAGCCCAUGGUGGUUAGGGGGUGGUAUUUAUUCACACCCCUAACCAACAUAGGGGUUUUGAAUGCAGACCGGGGUUCCAUCUAGGCAAGUCCUUGAACUUCUCUAGGUCUCAAUUUUGCCUUCUGUAAAAUGGAGUUCAUCAGCUUUUUCUCUAUAUAUCACAGCAGUGUUUUAAGCAUGUUUCAGUUAGUGCAAGCGCAGUAUUUUUUAAAAAGAUCUCUAAAGUAUUAUGUAAGUGUUGCCGAAUAUUAUUAGCAUUAUGUAAACACCCUUACAGUCAAUUAAACUGGGUGUUGUCUCCUGUUGAUUACAGCAGCCAACCUGCAGCUGAGAAAUGUAAGACACUUUACACUGUCUGCCAGCAACUGAGAGGUAAUCUCUGUAAGUGCUCUGAAAAAUACCUGCGUGUAUCUACAACUUCAGCAGGUGGCUGAUGCUAGGCUCUAUCUAGGCUAUAUGUGGCUGAAUAUGGAGUCUCAGACACUUCAGUGGCAAACAAAACAUAAAUGUAAACUUUGUAAAACAGAAUUAUUCAGUGUGACCAGGAAGGUUUCGAAAGACAUUUCCAGGUUUAACCCACUUUUAUUUGUGUUUUUGGUUCUAUUUUUUUAUUUACAAUUCUUAUUCAACAGAAAAGCACAUCACUAGUUUUUAAACUAGUUUUAAUACUAGAUGUAUUUAAAAAAAUGAUUUAUUCAGCUGUGGUAUCCAUAAUCCCCAGGAUAAUUAAAAUGGUUUCUUUCUG